AUUGUUUCUAAAUCUUUUUUUUUCUUUAGUGCUGGAAGGACAGGUCUUUUUGUCAUGCUAGAUAACAUUAUACAACAACGCGAAGAAGGAAAAACUGCGGAUUUAUAUAACACUGUGUAUGACAUGCAUACACUUUGGCCACAAAUGGUGCAAACAGAGGAGCAGUAUAUCUUCUUGCAUCAGUGUGUACUGGAUCUAAGUACAACUGAAAAUGAAAAUCUGAAAAUUUACAAUGAGAUAAACGAGGAUCCCGUCUAUGGAAUGAUAGACAAACCUGGAUACAAAGAGAGCCAGUCAUCAUGAA